AUGACACGCCGGGGAGGCGGCAAGCCACCAUAUCACUGCGCGAUCUGCGAGCAAUCCUUCACCAUCAAAGCUGAUCUCCGCCAGCACACUACCAAUCACAGCGACAUAAGCAACAAGAAGCUCAUUUGUGCCACUUGUGGGUGGAAUUUCGAUGACUCCCACGCCCUAGAGCUUCAUCGAAUCCAGAGUAGCCACGGAGAUCCACAGACAGCUCGCCCAAACCCGCGAAACGAAGGCUUCGAGCCCUUCACAGAAGAAUCCGAAAUGGCAGUCACCUGCAAUCGGUGCCAGGAGACCUUCACCAACCAGAAACAACACAAUGCCCACCGCAGCAACGUCGCCUCCAACUGUGCCGAUUGGAGGCACACUGCCCCAAAGCACUCCGCCACAUCUCCCGAAGCUGCCCGGGGUUAUGUUGACCUGGACAGACCCAAAGACGGAUCGCCAAUCGUACCCUUCUAUGAGGAGCCCAACGCAUCAUCAUCAUCAGAAGCUGAUACUGUUGACAGCGACGACGGAGUAAAAUGCCACGACUGCAAGCGUGUGUUCCACUCGAGAGGUCACUACAACAACCAUAUGCUAGGCUGCACGCCCAUCUCGUCGUCCAAGAAGCACCGCCAAGUACUGGAAGCCACUAAACAAGGUAGCAAUACAUGGACAAUCACAAACCACGUAAGAGCUAGUCCGCAGCAACGCCAGGCCCCUACAGCAGCACCCGCACCUCGCGCCCAAUCUUCGUCGUCCACCUUGUCUGCUCCAAUCAAUGACUUGAGUAGCUUCGCGUGCAAUGUCAAAGGCUGCGGUAGGAUAUUUAGAUCGGAAGCUGGCCUUAAUCAACACAAGACUGAUGCCCAUGGUAUUGGUGGUCAGGCACUGAAUGCGGUCGGUCGAGCCGUGAGGGAGCAGAUGAGGCAAGAAGGCCUACUACUGCAACCUUCCUCCGCGUCGUCUCGCGGUCGUGGUCAGCGAGGUCGCCCUGCCCCACGCGCGUCACCUUCCGCUCCUCGUGGUGCUCCUUCGGCGUCUCGUAUGGCACCUCCAGCACCCCAAAUGACACCUUCCAAACAUCGUACGACGCAGCAAGUAUCCUCGCAGCCCCUAACUUUCGCUCGGCCUAUGCCAAUACAACAUCAUAUGCCGCCUACUCAGCCUGUCCAACUACCCACCAGUACGAUCAUGAGCGGUGUUGCCGAGCUGGAUCAAGCCAAACAAGUCCAAGCGAAGAUCCUGCGGCUUCUGAUUCAGUCCGACAUCUUCAUCCAACACGAUGGUAAGAUGAACGUCUGCGGGAUUGACUGGACUCGUAUUGGCGUCGCAAAACAGCAUGAAGUCGUUGCCAUGUUCGAUACAAUGUGCCAUCUCCCGAAGAUCCUACAAGGCGAAUACGUACCGGCUCCAAAGGCCUUCAAGGACGACUACAACACUGAGUAUCCGUUUCGCGACUUUGAGCCCUCUCCCGCUCGUAACCCAUCAAAGCCUGCUUUGGAUGUUGUCGCCAUCUCAUGCAGUAAAGUUGCGCUUAAGGGCGGCUUUCAGGAGAUUGUAAAAAUCGCAGCUGUCGACCUUGCCACCUGCCGAAUCCUCAUGAAUCACCUCGUCUGCACAGAUCCGCACGCUGAAGUCUUGGAUUGGCGCUCCGCGGUCACCGGCUUGUUCAGCUGGAAGGAUAUGGAAGCAGCUCGAAAGUCUGGAUACAAGGUCUUCAAGGGCUGGAUGGCAGCACGGAACGCACUACACAAAUUUAUCGACAAGGAGACUAUCGUGGUCGGCCACAAUCUGCGCUCCGAUCUCGAUUCCCUGCGCAUGGUCCACGGACGUGCUGUUGACGCCGCCAAGGUCGUUGAGAAAGCUGCUCAGGGUCCACUCAGCAAGGCGCAGUUAGCAUUGGACAGUCUGUGCAAGACUUAUUCUGAGAUCAAUCUUAGGAGUGACCGGGAAUAUGGUCGGGAUAGCCUCAUGAACGCCUUUGCAGUACGUGAGUUUGGUCUUUGGGCACUCAAAAAUAGGGAGCAGCUCGCCCGGAUUGCUAAACAGAAGAGUCUGGACUACCAGGCCGCCAUGCCAAGAGCUGCUGUUGUGGGAGCUUGA